GGAUUGGCGGAGUGUACCUUACCAUGUACAGGGUCCACCACAGACCAAGCUCUGUCUUCGAGUGGCUGCCCCAUCGGAUUCCCUCACAUCUCCACCUCUGGAAUUUGGAGCUACAAGAAAAAUGUGCUACCCAUCAACAUCUGAUGACCAAAGACUUGUCUUUCUCCUGUCAUGUUGCUUAUAUAAUCUUUAAACACACAAUAUUCCUGCAUCACCUCGUAGAGAUUCUAAUCCCUCUCCCUUCUGCAUGGAUCCACAUUUGCGGGCGAUCGCAAAGACGGAUAUCCCCUGCGCGGCCUGCCGGAUACUUCACCGGAAAUGCAGUCGGGACUGCAUGCUCUCGCCGUACUUCCCUGCCGACGAGCCUGAGAAAUUCGGGGUCGUGCACAAGGUCUUUGGAGCUAGCAAUGUGAGCAAAAUGCUUCAGAUGCUGGAGGAAAGCAGAAGGGAAGAUGCUGUGAAGAGCAUGGUGUACGAAGCCCAAGCUAGGCUUAAACACCCUGUCUAUGGAUGUACGGGUGCCAUCUUUUACUUGCAGAAGUCCGUGGAAGAUCUUGAAGGGCGACUCAGAGCAACCCGAGAGCAACUCCUUGAUGAACGAGAGCGAAGAGAUCAGCUAUGGAAGGUUCUAACGGACACUUCCCACGGCAGUCAAUUCUAUCAUGCCAACGAUUUGGUGGUUGAUGCCAGUGCGAUGUCGUCGGAUGCUAACAUCAUUCACGGCCAUUCUGUCAGAGAAAAUCCAGGGGAUUAUUAUCAGAUGAUCUAAAGACUGCGGAUAUGUUCUUAGAUAGCUAGCGAUGUGAGAGGAGAAUUUUGUUAGAUUUCUGCAAAUCUGAGGAACGUUCAGAUGUAUUUCGAGAAACAAUGCAAUAUUCUGGUUUCUUCUCCUCCACGGGUAACUUUGCCACCCCAGAACCGUGAGACGAGUCAUGUCCACUGCUAAUUUCAAAUUAAGUUGGCUA